AUGCAGGCGGCAGGGUUUGGCGAGCGCUGCCACGAGGUGGAGGAUGUGAAGCUGACCGAGCAGCACAUCCAGUUCGCAGAGGUGGCCUUCCCGCCCCACAUCUCACCCCUGUGCCGCAGCUUCAUCCAGCAGGCGCUGACCAAGCGGCCAGAGAGCCGCCCCUCAGCGGCGCAGCUGUUCCAGCACCGCUGGGUGCAGCAGCACUACCAGCAGCUGCUAGCGGCGCAGGCACAGGCGCAGCCGGCGGCAGCGACCACGUCGGCAGCGGCGGCGGCGGCGAUCGCAGCGGCGGCAGCUUGCGCCAGCUGA